AUGCUGUGGGGUUCAGGAAAGCUGAGUUUUGGUGGUAGUGGUGGUGGUCAGACACACUCACACACACAGGCACACAUUCAUCACACAAACUCACACACACACACACACACUCACAGGCACACAUUCAUCACACACACAGGCACACUCACAGGCACACACUCACACAUACACACACUAUACUCUGGCGUCUCCCUUGACCCCGCCCCCUCACCUUGCAUCCUGGGAACGCACCAUGAGAAAGGUGGCCACGCCUUCUGGGCGGCGGCCAAUCGGCUGCCACUCUCCAGCAACGCCGUGCUGUGCUGGAAGUUCUGCCACGUCUUCCACAAGCUGCUCCGGGACGGGCACCCCAACGUCAUAACGGACUCCAUGAGAAACAAAGCAGACCUGAGCGACCUGAGCAGGAUGUGGGGUCACCUCAGCGAAGGUUAUGGGGCACAGUGCAGCAUCUACCUCAAGCUCCUCAUCACCAAAAUGGAGUUCCACGUCAAAAACCCCCGUUUCCCAGGCAACCUGCAGAUGACAGACAGACAGCUCGACGAAACGGGAGAGAACGAUGUCAACAACUUUUUCCAGAUGACCGUGGAGAUGUUUGACUACCUGGAGUGUGAGCUCAACCUCUUCCUGGCGGUGUUCAGCUCUCUGGACAUGUCCCGCUCUGUUUCGGUGACGGGGGCUGGACAGUGUCGGCUGGCCCCUCUGAUCCAGGUGAUCCUGGACUGCAGCCACCUGUACGACUACACCGUGAAACUGCUGUUCAAACUGCACUCCUGUCUUCCUGCAGACACCCUGGAGGGUCACAGGGACCGCUUCCUGGAGCAGUUUAAAAAGCUGAAGAGUGGAGUUGAAAGUGUCCCAAAUCUCAAGGUUGUGUUUAAUCAGUUCCUGAUACCCCCACCCCCCCAGAACCCCCCAAAUUUCCUGCGGGCAUCAGCGCUCUCUGAGCACAUCAGCCCCGUGGUGGUGAUACCCCUGGAGGAGCCCUCACCUGAGACUGAGCACCUGGAGGAGCCCUCACCUGAGACUGAGCACCUGGUGGAGACCGGGGACCUGGUGGACAUGGACAUACCCCCUGCACAACAGGGCUCAACGGAGAACCGAUUUGACGAUGUCUUUGGGACGUCCUCCUCCAGGGACCCCUUCAACUUCAGCGGUCAGAACGGAACGCGCAAGGAGGACAAAGACCGUCUGAUCGAGCAGCUCACCCAGGAGCUGCAGGUGCUUAAGGAGGAGCUGGAGACCUUCAGGGUGGAGGUGAGGGUGGGGCUGAGGGUGGUGGUGGGGGUGGAGAGGGGGAGUGGAGGGCGCAGGGCGGGCGCGAGCUGGAGGCGGAGCUGCGGGCAGAGGCACUGGAGAGAGGCGCGGGCAGAGCAGUUCCUGCGGGCGAGGCUGAGGACCUGCGCGCGAGAGGACACGGGAAGGAGCAGCGUCAAGCUCAGCCAAUCGAGAGCAGCGCUAAGUGCUAAUGGCUGUGUUUGUGCUGCAGGGAAAGCCCAGGCUAAUGAGCAGCGCUACACGAAGCUGAAGGAGAAGUACAGCGAGCUGGUGCAGAGUCACGCAGACCUGCUGAGGAAGAACGCAGAGGUGACUCGGCAGGUGACGUUGGUGCAGGUGGCGCAGGAUGAGGUGGAGGGGGCACGGAGGGAGAUGCAGGAGAAGGUGAAGGCCGCGCUGCUGGAAGCCCAGCGACAGGAGAGGGAGCAGCUGCAGCAGACUCAGGCCCUGCACACAGACCUCCUGAGCAGCAGGGCGGCGCUAGACAAACUGAGGGACAACAUGGCCGCCUCACAGCAGUCGAAGGAGGAGUUGAGCUCCAGGCUCUCAGCCCUGGAGACGGAGAGGGCGGAGCUAGCGGGGGCAGUGGCUCAGAAGGAGGCGGAGCUUGUGGGGCUGGGGGAGGAGCUGGAGGGAGCUCGCAGCAGAUUGGCCCGUGAGCGUGAGACUGCAGCGAAGGCCACGGAGACCUUACAGAACCAGCUGAGCGCCAAGGAGAGCCGGGAACUGGCCCUGGAGAAGCAGCUGGUGGCAGCGCCAUGGACGGCCCUCCAGGGGGCGCUACAGGAGGCGGAGGGCAUUGUGCAGGACUCCCUGUCCCGGCUGGACGACCCAGCGCACCUCGGCUGCACCGGCUCAGCAGGAUUACCAUAGGUAUCCCGGACCCAGGCUGCCCUCGACUGUGUGGAUGAGCUACAGGCUGCCAGGGCCCAGUACCUGUCUGACCAAACAGGUGUGUCACAGAUGCUUCGGUGGGUCGCCAGGUUUGCCCACCUGGUUGGCGACACCGUGGUGCAGGGCAGCACCAGCUCACACAUGGCACCUGCGGACCAGGCGGACGCGCUGGCGGACGGUGUGCGGGUGUGUGGUACCGAGUCGCUGGUGCUGCUCAGGCAGCUGAAGGAGCAGGAGACUCUGGGCGUGGCCGACGGUCAGAAUCUGACCGCAGCGCUGAACCGCGUCAGGACCACAGCGGAGAAGCUGAGGCCGCGGGGGCUGGAGCUUCAGGGGGAGCUGGAGCUGGGUGAUCUAGUGGAGCAGGAGAUGGCCGCCACCUCCGCCGCCGUGGAAACAGCAGCUGCUCGGAUAGAGGAGAUGCUGAGCAAGUCUCGAGCUGUCGACACGGGGGUGAAGAUGGAGGUCAACGAAAGGAUCCUGGCGUCCUGUACUGAGCUAAUGCAGGCCAUCACAGAGCUGGUUCUGUCCUCCAAACACCUGCAGAGGGACAUAGUGGAGGGUGGGAGGGGGGCAGCGUCAGUUAAGGAGUUCUACGCCAAGAAUUCCCGCUGGACGGAGGGCCUGAUCUCGGCCUCUAAAGCAGUGGGCUGUGGCGCCACGGUGAUGGUCAAUGCGGCUGACCUGGUGGUUCGGGGUCAGGGGAAGUUUGAGGAGCUGAUGGUGUGUUCUCACGAGAUCGCCGCCAGCACAGCACAGCUGGUGGCUGCCUCCAAGGUGAAGGCGGAGAAGGACAGCCCCAACCUGACCCGCCUGCAGCAGGCCUCCCGCUGGGUUACCCAGGCAACCGCUGGGGUUGUGGCCUCCACCAAAUCUGGGAAGUCUCAGAUUGAGGAGACAGACACCAUGGACUUCUCCAGCAUGACUCUCACUCAGAUUAAAAGGCAGGAGAUGGACUCACAGGUGCAGGUGCUGCAGGUGGAGGCUCUGUUGCAGAGGGAGAGAGAGAGACUCGGGGAGCUGAGAAAGAAGCACUAUGAGCUGGCCGGCGUGGCAGAGGGCUGGGAGGAGGAGGAGGAGGAGGGUACAGGCUGAGGAUCGCUCCCCCCCCCCCCUUCCUGCCAGCGCGUUGGCAUGGAUACAGCGCCCCUCCCCCAACCUGUACCACCGCUGCAGUUUCUACACCCUCUGCCCCCAAGUUUGUUUUUUGUUUUUUUUUUAGCUCAAAGCCAAAUAAAAAGGUGCUCCGUUUUUAAGACAAUGUUCCUCCUCCACCGGUGAGGCUGUGAAGACUUCUUCCACAUUUUAAAGCAAUAAACAGCAGCCCACAAAGUAACUCUGUGACUAAAGGUGGACUCUAGCACAACCGUGUGGCCAAAUGGAGAACUGCAAUCAUGUGGACGAUACAUCUGAUACUACUAGCCAUCUGAGAUUAUAAUGUAUGACAUGGACUUCCAGCUGCAAGGCUCCUCCAUCCAUCUAUCUGAGGGUCUGAAUACCCUUUCCACAUCCCACAAUGCACUGCUGUCGCUCGCCCUGCAGUGCACGCACUCCAAAGAUGGGCAUAUUUUUAAUAGUUUUUUUCCCUGGCAUCAGUGCCUUAGAUAAGUCCCCACGAUUUGCAGGAGUUUCGCGUAACCUAGACGACAGGUCAGGUGUGUCGCUGGGUGUGGUCAAUGGGUGUGGUCAUCAGGUAUGGUACAAUGUUGGAGCAGUGGGACCUCCACCAGGACCUUUAACUCUUACAACCCUUCCCGGCAUCAGCAGUGACUAGCCCUCUGUGUGUGUGUGUGCAUGAGUGAGUGUGUGUGUGUGUGUGUCAGUGUGCACGUGCGUGUGUGUGUGUGCGUGUGUGUGUGCGUGUCUGUGGGUGUGUGUGUGUGUGUGUGUGUGCAUGAGUGUGUGUGUGUGUGUGUGCACGUGUGUGCAUGAGUGUGUGUGUGUGUGUGUGUGUGUGUGCGCACGUGUGUGUGUCUAUGUGCGUGUGCGUGUGUGUGUGUGCGUGUCUGUGGGUGUGAACGUGUGUAUACAUGUGUGUCUACAGGAUUAUCUCCUGAUGAGCUCACAGACCCCAGCCGUCCUUGUUCAAUGCGCUGCUUCACAGGACUAAAGCUGCAACAAUGGCUCUCUACACUCACUCGUCGUCUUAUUCUGUCUUUCAUCUUUUCAGCUGCCUCAGAUUUUACAGAGUACUGCAAAGAAAAUGUGUAUUUUUACAAAAUACAAUAAAGGUGUUCUUUAUUGUUUUUAAUAAAAUAUAGGACCUGUGAAAUAAGAGCUUAUUUGUACAAAAUAUAUGUGAGAAACCUGGAAGUUCUUUUUUUUUGUCACUCUCAAGGGAAAAAUACACAGAAAAUAAUCUCAUUUCUAGAUGCUCAACUACACCUUUUCAGCUGCCAGUGCAAAUGUGUUCUAACUGUGGACUCCCAGAAAAAGGUAUGAAAAGUGUGUAAAAAGUUACAAACGCUUGUCACUGUGGUGGUAACCUUACAUACGUACGUUAAAUUAUCAAUACAUUUUUGCUUUUUGCUUGUAAAAGGUAGCCUACUUAUUAGUAGCCUAGCCAAAUAGAAAAUGAUUUUACUUAAGGCACAUUUGGGAAAUGUGUUCCUUAAACUUGAACGUGGCUACAGUUCAGUUUUUAGUUUGAUAUUUGGGCGGACAGUCAGUCCAUGCCUUCCUCGGGCAAGUUGCAUGCCUUUAAAGCAGGGGUGCACAACAAGGGCCGAUCCAUUUCAGGAUUUUGUGCCAACAUUUCCCAACAUUUAUUGAAUUGGCCCAAUCAUAUCUUGAUCUGACAUGUGCAUCAGCUACAGCUAGUCACAGCCUGCAAGGGUAUCCUAGAGAUUUCCCUGUGCUCAAGCACAGGAGCAAAGCAGCAUAGUUUAUAGAGCUGUAAGGAAUGGUAAUCGGUUGGAACAAAAACCAGCACACAGAUCGGCCCUCCAGGACUGCAGUUGUGCACCCCUGCUUUAAAGACAACAUUCCACUUUGACAUUGCAUGAGUACGUUAAAAGCCGUCAUAUGGCCUGUAAAUAGAAUGACUGUUUUAUGGAAGCACAUCACCAAAUUAACUGCCACCAAAUUGCGUGUUGAAAUACCUCUGUUCUUUUGUAAAUCACCUUAACCGUCUUACUUUUUGUACGACCAACAGAAAACAGGGACAUGUGUUAAGAUCACUGCCCAUCUACUUCUUCUACAAAAAAACAGGCUCGAACGUCCGUGAAUGACCACUAGAGGUCACUCUCCGCUCUGCCGUCGACGGUGAGACAAAAGCUUACGUGGCGACCUACGUCAUCGACCUCUUUUUGGCAUUCAGAUUUUUUUUCUAUGAUCCUGUGAACUGACUUGAACCCCUUCAUUGUAAAAUGCUGUAAUGCAGUACACACAUAGCUGUUAUCUUUUAUGAAUACACAGUCUGGCAAUAAAAAUAAAUUAAUUA